AUGCAUCGUCUCCUGGUGUGCCUGCUUUUGGCAGGGAGUGCGCCGUUUUGGGGGCGUUUCCAGCACAGGUUUACGGCGUCCGCAGCCAGCAAGACGGAGAAACAGGUAGCACUCACCAUCACAGUCACAGGUCAAGGAGACAUCGUGUUCAGAGAUGGCGACAACCCGUGCAAAGUCCUCAAGAAAUACUGCAAGACCGUGGACGGGGGAGCAGUGAGCAAAGAAGACUGUUUCGCCCAGCUCCACCCCCUAGUCGUGAAACAAGUGUCUGGGCUCUGGGAACGGCUCCGAGGGAAGCUAAAGGUGGACGCCGGCUUCUUCAUGGACUGCGAGCCUUUCAGGUUCCGCGCAUCCGACUACGCGGAGGACGUUCGCGUGUCGCACUCCGCAGUCGAGGCCGCUACGACUCGAAACAGCAGUGGAAUCAUUCAAGAAAUGCUGCUACUGCUGGAGAGAGCCAUGCAGAGGGACAGGGAGGCACUCCAGACUUUCAACAUCAAGAGAAACCAGCUGAAGCUGACGGACGCCGAGAAGGUGGACCUCUACCGACAGGCCAUCCUUCUCCUCCCAAACAACUUGUUCAUCGUGGAUCAGUUGGGACUGGCCCUGCUCUUCUUGGACAGAGAGGACCUGGCCAGGAGACUGUGGGCCAAUGCAGUAACCAGAGGUCUUUGGGCACACCCUCUACAGCGACCUGUAUCCCGCUUUGUUCCCGGGCUCACUUCGAAACCUUGGCACGAUAAGAGAGACUAUCCCUUUAUCACUCUUCUGGAGGCUGGGUACCUCGACAUAAAGAACGAGCUACUACACAACCUGAAACACAGACGGCACCUUUUUACAGAGGAGCAAGAGAAUCUCCAUGUGGGAGGAGACUGGACUGAGCUGAGGAUUCGAUCCUCUGGCUACGGGUUCACCAAACACACCCAAUACUUUCCCGAGACCAUGAGACACAUUCGCAACUGCGGACAGGAUUUUACCAGCAUAAAGUUCUCAGCCAUCCAGCCAGGGACACACAUCCGGACCCACACGGGUCCGUCCAAUGAGAGACUGAGGGUCCACCUGACUCUACUCCACAGUGGAGGAGCAAAGAUUAGAGUUGGAACAGAUUGGCAUACCUGGACACAAGGGGAGGCCAUAAUAUUUGACGACUCCUGGGAACACGAAGUCAUUCACACUGGGUCUGAUAUGAGAGUGGUCCUCAUCAUGGACAUCUGGCACCCCGAGCUACCAGAGUCUCAGCGAAUCGUCCACUGA